GGUUGAAUAGACCGGCUGCACAAUAAUUUGACAGCUUAUCCAGCUUAUUUAUCACCACAUGCAUCACAGCGGCGAUCAAUCCAAUCGACAGCCGCCGCCGACAGCCAAUAACCGAGUAGCUGUUGUCGAUUGUUGUUCCUAUUGGAAAGGGUGUCGUAGCACUUGAUAGCAAGAUACCUUAGGAGGAAUUUUUCUUUUGCAUUGAAUUGGUGAAACGAUCAUGCCGUAUUUUGAUCCAAAAUAUCCGAUUGUCAAGCCGGAACCAACGGUGGAUGAUGCCAUCAAAUCCACCCGAAUGGGCCACUAUUUCUUUGUUGGUGGUGUCACCUCCAUGUCCUGGAUCUACGGCUUCACUUUUGGAAAACCUGCCCGUUUCCCUACUGCAGCCAUGGCCGCUACCUUGGGCUUUACCUUUGCCGCUCUCUCCUCGUUUUGUGACAUUCGUGAUCGCCUAAUGGGCUUCAAGGAGAACGAAUAUCUUAUCAAGCAAUGGGGCAAGGCUCCUGUUCAGGUAGCAGCCAAGGACCCCACGAAUUAUCGAUACCCCGUGGCGUCAAAACCAGUGGGAGUUCUUCGGCCAAAGGUCGACUGGGAUGCUUACAAAUAAACGACAAAAACCAGAGUUUAUUGCCCGGAUCCAACCCGAAGAAAUUCGUGGCGUUUGUUUACACAUUUUGAAAACAAUCCAUCCUACUUUACUACGACUAGCUGGUAGAGAGAGCAUCUAUUAAUUCGUAGUACUCAUUUUCGUGU